AUGGUAUUCGUUCUUGUGAUAAGUAUUUGUUUUGCAGCUGAGGAGUACAGCAGAGGGGAUUUCCCGGAAGGGUUCGUAUUCGGAGCAGGAACAUCGGCUUAUCAGGUUGAAGGAGCGGCGGACGAGGAUGGCCGGAGCCCCAGCGUGUGGGACACAUACGCCCACCAGGGGUACGCCGGGGGAGCGACAGGGGAUGUCGCCGUCGACCAGUACCAUAAGUACGAGGAAGACGUCCGGCUGAUGGCCGGAAUGGGGCUGGAUUCCUACCGAUUUUCCAUCUCUUGGUCCAGGCUCAUCCCUGGGGAAGGUGGGAGAGGAGCUGUGAAUCCCAAAGGCGUCCAGUACUACAACAACCUCAUCAAUGAACUAAUCAGCCACGGUAUCCAGCCGCAGGUGUCAUUGUACAACUACGAUCAUCCUCAGGUUCUUGAGGACGAGUACGGAGGAUGGGUUAGCCGGAAAAUGGUGGGAGAUUUCAGAGAUUAUGCAGAGGUGUGCUUCAGGGAGUUCGGGGACAGAGUCGGUCACUGGACGACGGUAAACGAGGCCAACAUCUUCGCCUCGGGGAGCUACGAUCAAGGUAUGACGCCUCCACAUCGCUGCUCUCCGCCAUUCGGCAUCACGAGCUGCGCUCAAGGGAAUUCCAGUACAGAGCCGUACUUGGUCCUCCACCAUAUCCUUCUGGCACAUGGAUCCAUCGUCCAAUUGUACAGGCACCAUUAUCAGGGGAAGCAAAGGGGGGUGAUCGGGAUGACGCUCUACGCUUUCGGUUUCGUUCCUUACACCAACUCUACAGCAGAUGUAGCGGCGGUCAAGAGGGCCAAGGAGUUCUUCCUUGGAUGGGCCGCGAAUCCUCUGGUAUAUGGAGACUACCCAGAGGUGAUGAAGAGGAAUGUAGGCUCCAGACUCCCAAGCUUCACGAGCGAGGAAUCGAAACUAGUUAAGGGAUCCUUCGACUUCCUCGGCCUCAUACACUACAUGCAGAUGCCCGUCAGAGACAAUCCUAGCAGUCUGAAUUUGGAGCUACGAGACCUCAACGCCGAUGUUGGCGCGCAAAUGAUGGUGGACCAGGAAAGUUUUUCGGUUGGGUUCCCUGUGACGCCGGGGGCUAUGGGAGACAUUCUGCAGGACUUCAAGACGCUGUAUGGAAACCCUCCUCUUUACAUCCAUGAAAAUGGACAACUCGAGAGACGCAAUGCAACUCUGAAGGACACAGGCAGAGUGGAGUAUCUUCGUCUCUACAUUGGCGCUGUGUUGGAUUCCAUUAGGAAUGGGUGCAACGUGAAAGGCUACUUCAUGUGGUCGUUGUUGGACGUGUUCGAACUGUUGGGCGGAUUCCAGACCGGGUUCGGAUUGUAUUACGUGGACUUGGACGACCCGAACCUGACCCGAUAUCCUAAGCUCUCUGCCCACUGGUAUUCCCGUUUCCUCAAGGGAGCCACCGUCGGUUCCGCCGACGAUGUUAGUAAUGGCGCAUUUGAACUUGCCGCCGGCAAUUUCAGCCACCUAAUCACCACCCGCUCUCCACAUCGGCGUUCUACUUCCGGCUAGCCACACACAAGAUUCUGGAAGGUUACUCCGUUGUAGCACCCGGUAUUCUGUACCGUGUAUGUACGUUUCUAAAGCGUACAAGAGUAUGUUCGAUGUAAGAAAUAGUAAAUGGACAUGUUUGAAUGAAAGCAAUAUAAAAUAAAAUAUCUAAAAUAAAAAGUCAUACACCGUACAUGUACAGAAAACUGAGUUGCUGAACUAGCUAUUGUCGAACUGGAAGUUGAUCUGUGGAUUCUUUCGUUGAUUGUAAAAUUUCAAGGGUAGAAAUGGAUAUUUUGGUG